CCUCAAUUAAACCUACUCAUUCUUAAUUGCGACACCACUUCUUGAUUUCGACCACUUCUUUAUUUCGAGAGGGAGUGUUUUUUUUUUCGUCAUUUUCCUUCACGCCCAAAACCCGGAAGUCAAACAACAGAUUUUCGGCCAACUUCAACCACCCGCGCCGUAGCAGCCAACACACCCCACGGUCUCACCUCGACCCCUCACCAGACCCGUAACAACCGUCAAACAAUGCCACCCAAAAUGGCCUCCAAUUCCGAGCUCGCGGAAAUCAAGCUACUCCUCCACUCUCUCGCCUCGGACAUCAAAGCCGUCAAAGCCGACGUAGCGGAGCUCAAGAAGAGCCAAGUCCAAAGCCAACAGAGCACCCCAACCUGCGCCAAACGCACAGAGAGCGGUCCAAAGUUACCCAACAUCGAGAAAGCGCUGAGCGACGCCGAGAGCAAACUGGCUGAUCAGAUUCGCGAUACCCAGUCAACGAUCCUGCAGCUUGUCGAGGAGGAGAAGGUCUUGAUCCAUGCGGAGGUGGUCCAGCUCAGCCGCACUGUGGGGACUGCGUUGGAGAAUGCGAAGGAAAAGAUGAUGGAAAUGGUUGCUGAGGUGGUGGAUGAGAACGGUCGCAAGCGAAGCAGGUCCACGGCUGGUCUUGAUGAGAGUGACGAUGAUGGUGAUGCUGGAGAGAAGCGCGUGAAGGAAGAUGAGGAGAGUGAUGUGGAUGAAGACAACCCUGAUGACUAUGACUCGUGGACGAAGCGGAGGCGAAUGUCAUCCGCUCUUGACAAGGCCGUGAUGGAUAUUAUUGACAUGGCUGAAGAUGCCUUUGAUUACGAACGAGUCGGGCCUGAAUGGAUUCUCACAGCACUGAUUCCAUUCCAUGCCAGCGCCGACGGCGGUAGGAUCCAAUGCUGGUACUUCUUUCAAAAAGAGGGUAAGAUCGGCUUUGAGUAUUGCUUGUACGGUCUACUCUACCAUGGGCAUGAGCAUGCAGAGGUUGCUGAAGGAGGAUGCUUCUGUAGGAGUAGACAUCCGCCCGGUUUGAGGCAGAGGGCUACCAGGUGUAUCCGGGUUAAACGGGUUGACAAUGACCCUGGAGAACUGCUGUUCACUUGGGGAGGGAACAUUGGACCUGCCCCUCUUCUUGAUCCUCGCUGGGAAUGAAAUCAGCUGUAACAGAUAAUUGACGAUGGCACAACUUCCUAGAUUCGCCGGGGCGGGGGAAUUGCAGGAUGGUGAACAAA